CGCAAAGAGCCAGGGGGAGGGGCCUGCGGAGUGAUACCGAAGUAUUCCGACAGCGAGCAUGACCGACACCGAGCCGCCGAGCGCUCCACUGCCGGCACCUGUGGAGGAUGAGCCACAGCCGGAGAGGAAAAUCAUAGCCACCUUGGUCCAAGGCACAGUGAAGUGGUUCAAUGUGCGUAAUGGAUAUGGCUUCAUAAACAGAAAUGAUACCAAAGAAGAUGUGUUCGUACAUCAGACUGCUAUCAAGAAAAACAACCCUAGGAAGUUCCUCCGCAGUGUCGGAGAUGGGGAAGUAGUAGAGUUUGAUGUGAUUGAAGCCACCAAGGGCUCAGAAGCAGCCAAUGUAACCGGUCCAGGCGGUGUUCCUGUGAAAGGUAGCCGCUAUGCACCCAACAAACGUCGCUUCCGUCGGCGGUUCUUCCCCCGGAGCCCAAGGCCUGACGAUGAGAAAAACGCUGAUGGUCAGUCAUCGGCUGUUGAGGGCGAAGGAUCAGGAGAAAAUGAUGGAGGGAAACCUCAGCAGCGCCGCCGGAGGCCCCGCAGACCACGGCCAGAGGCUCAAGAUGGUGAGGCUGGAGAGCAAAAGAACGGAGUGGCAGAGGGCGACGAAACACAGCGACCUCAACAGCGCAGAUUCUGGCGCCCAUACCGCAGGCCGUUCCGUCCACGGACACCUGCUGAGCAGGCUGCAGACGUUGAGCAGGCUACUCCAGAAAAGAGCCAGGAGCAUGAAGUAAAAGUGAAGCAGAUGGAGUCCUCUGAGGGCCCCCAGACCAACGGAGAAGUAGCUGAGGACCAGAAGCAACAACGCCCCCAGACUAGACGUCGAAGGACGAGGAACUCUGAGUCCUCGACCUCGAAAAAUGAUACAGAGAAGUCUGCUUCAGAGCCUGGUACCCCUCCUCCAACCUCCAAACCAGGUGACCUUAAGUCCACAACAAAAUCACCCAAGUCCUCCCCUAAAACAUCUCCUGAAAAGCCAAAAUCACCCGAGCAGGGAGCUGCCACAACAGACCCAGCACCAACAGAGUGAUGCUCGUGAGAGGACAGUCCUGUAACCCUUGGUAAGAGGUCCUAGGGUUGGAGGACUGGACUUAUUUCAGAACACAUGCACUGCUCUCCCCCCCCCACCCCCCCCUCCAACCCAGCCUGUCUUGCUGUCAUCCCUCAGGCCCCCACCCCUCUCAUUUUGUCUUGUGUUGUCCCGUCUAGUAACUGAUUUCUGGACAGGGAUGAGGUAGGGAAAUGGGGGAUAAAGGUAGUUUUGGAUGCAUAUUUAGACAUUGUAACUGCGUCUUUAAAAAAAAAAACAUGGGAAAUGAUAAUAGAAAAUCUGCUUGGUAACCCAGUUAUUCCAACCCCCCUUUAAAUUAAAAAAGGUGUUUUCUUUAAUUGCCUGGACGGGACGCAUCAAGUAGUUUAUAGAGGAACCAACCUUGAUUUUUAUUUACAUUUUUUAAAAUGUGGUUGAAGAGGAGAAAAACCAAGCAGGUGUGAGGUUGGUGGUGCAUUGUGGGAGUCCGUUAUGUUCUGUUGCCACCUCCAAUAAAUUCUUAUAAAAACAUGCUACACCCUUCAUCUCCUCAGUUGAGGAUAGAUUGAUUUAAAAAGUCAGUCUUUAUUCUUUGUUUUACUUAUUUGUGUGUGCUUUUUCUUUGGAGGGGAUAUGUGCAAUGUCAGUAGUUGAAAUGUUAAUUAAUAAAUCAUGUUUGCAAAUCUCAA